AUGCCCAUGCCGGAGGUCCUGGCCGGCGAGUUCGGCGUCUCCAACGCCCAGAUCAACCUGAGCGUCACGACAUACGUGGUCUUUCAAGGCGUAACACCCAUGUUCAUCGGUGGCCUAGCCGACAAGUCAGGGCGGCUACCCGCCUACAUCCUGUGUCUUGCUGUUUUCACAGCGGCCAAUAUCGGCCUAGCCCACGCGACAAGCUACGCCAGAUUGCUCGCCGUCCGCUGCGUGCAGUCUGCUGGUGUCGAGGCAACCAUGGUUCUCUGCCAGGCCAUCGUGGCUGAUAUCAUUACUAGCGCCGAGCGAGGACAUUAUGUCGGUAUUGCCGCCAUCCCGGCCAUUCUGGGCACCAAGAGUACGGGAAGCCAUGUGAGGGAUUGCUGUCGCCCACCCGCUUUCGCUGGCUUUCGAGUGCGCUGA